AUGAACUACCUCAAUAUCCUCGGCUUCGAGUCUGUUCCCGCGGGUGUCAAGGAGCGGUCUUUCUACGACCUGAAGGCGGCGCUUCCGGGAAGUAAGGGCGAGCUGGACUUUGCGACCUUGAAGGGCAAGGCGGUGUUGAUUGUCAACACUGCGUCCAAGUGUGGCUUCACCCCUCAAUACACCGGGCUCGAAGAGCUGCACAAGACCUACGCCGCUCGCGGACUCGAGGUGCUCGGGUUCCCGAGUAACGAGUUCGGUGGACAAGAUCCGGGAUCGGACGAGGAGAUUGCGAGCUUCUGUCAGGUCAACCACGGUGUCACUUUCCCUUUGAUGAAGAAGUCUGAGGUGAACGGCGCACAUAUGAAUGACGUUUUUGCGUGGCUCAAGGCGAAUGGGAAGGAGGUCGACGGGGCAGGUGGGAUCGGAGGCACGACCUCUAUCAAGUGGAACUUUACCAAAUUCCUUGUCAACCGAGAAGGCCACGUUGUCGGGCGGUACUCACCCAAUACGACACCUGAGCAGCUCAAGGUGGAGAUUGAGAAGUUGCUCUAG